AAUACCUGACUAAUUUCUUCCUCCAACGCUCAACUGCCAACUUUCCCUCUUUCAAGUUCUUGAUUUGUUUUAAUAAAUAAAUUUAAAGAUCUUUUUUUUUUUUCUAUCCUCGUUGCAUCCAUCUCUUGUAUCUUUUAGUUGCAUUUUUUUGUAGGGCACGUAGUUUGCAAAUUCUAAUCCUAAGAAUAUGGGAGCUGAAGUUUGAAUUGUUUAUGGUUUUCCGCUUCUCCAUUGCCUAGUCAAAUUUUAUGUUCUGUGUCGUAAUUCGUCGUUAGAUUAAAGGUAGCUUUAAGCAUUUGAACCAUUAAGUCGUUGAAUUAAGUGGCUUAAAUAAAAUUAAUUGCAUUCUCAGGCGCAUUCUUAGGAAUUGUCACUAUCUGUUGAAGAAAUGGGUUGGUUCCUUUUUUAUAUUAACCCCAAUACAACCUGAAAAGACUUCUAUCAAGUUUUUACCGAUUUCCUGUAUGCAGAUAUGGACACGGCUGCAGAAGCUCAACUUCAAGGCCUCAAAAUUCUUCAUCUGGUGAGGCAUGCACAAGGAACUCACAAUGUAGCAGCAGAGGAGAAUCGUGAUGAACUCAUGUCUUAUGACCAUUUGGAUGCCCCGCUCUCCUGCUUAGGGCGGCAGCAGGUUUGUGAUCUAAGAAAAGAUGUUCAUGAGCGCGGAUUGUUCCAGAGGAUUGAGUUAGUGAUUACUUCCCCUAUGACGAGAGCACUUCAAACGGCAGUAGGAGUUUUUGGCAGAAAAGACCUUGCAGAUGAUGAGUUAGAUGAAGAACAAUCUACGGAGGACAGAGACAAAACUCAAAAUGCAAUAUCAUCAACUCUCAAUUGCAUUCCAAUUCUAGCAGUUGAACUUUGUCGGGAAAUGCUGGGUGUUCAACCAUGUAAUAAGAGGAGAAGCAUCAGCAAUUACAAGUCUCGGUUCCAAGCUGUGGAUUUUUCAUUGGCAAAAAGUGAAGAUGACAAUCUGUGGACUGCUGAUUACAGAGAAAGCAAUGAAGAAGUUGCUGCCAGAGGAAUUAAAUUUUUUAAAUGGCUAUGGACAAGAAAAGAGAGGGAGAUUGCAGUCGUUAGCCACGGCAUAUUCUUGCAGCAGACACUCAUGGCACUUGGAGCCAAGUCUUACACACCAAUGCCGAAAGAUCUCCUUACACGAUUUCGAAAUUGUGAGCUUCGUUCAAUUUCAAUGUCAGUGACUUUUGUUGAUGAGGGGUGAGUGUGUACUUUCUUUUUCUUUUCUUUUCUUUUUUUAAUUAAUUUUUAAUUUUUAG